UCGUGGUCGGUUUCGCGCCAAAACCCAAGCGGUCGAGACAGAGACAGCCGUGUGCCGCGACGUCUGCUCGUUGUCGUUAUUUUAGCAUCGUUUUUAAUUGUCUCAUCCUCACCAUGGGAAUUUUAGGACUUUCGAAACUAAUCGCCGACAUUGCUCCUACAGCUGUCAAGGAAAAUGAGAUCAAAAACUAUUUUGGUCGUAAGGUUGCUAUUGAUGCCUCUAUGAGCUUGUAUCAAUUUUUGAUCGCUGUCAGAAGUGAGGGUGCUCAACUCACUGAUUCUUCUGGAGAGACAACGAGUCACUUGAUGGGAACCUUCUAUCGAACGAUUCGUCUUGUGGAAAAUGGAAUCAAACCAGUGUAUGUGUUUGACGGGAAACCUCCAGAAAUGAAGUCUGGAGAGCUUGGCAAGCGAGCAGAAAGGCGAGAAGAAGCUCAGAAACAACUACAACAGGCUGAGGCAGCAGGUGACACUGAAAACAUCGAUAAAUUUAACAGAAGGCUUGUGAAAGUUACCAAACAUCAUGGAGAGCAGUGCAAGGAACUUUUGAAGUUAAUGGGCAUCCCUUACAUUGAUGCCCCGUGUGAAGCGGAGGCUCAGUGUGCCGCAAUGGUCAAAGCAGGCAAAGUGUAUGCCACUGCAACAGAGGACAUGGAUGCUCUCACAUUUGGCUCCACUAUACUACUAAGGCACUUGACAUUCAGUGAAGCAAGAAAAAUGCCAAUUCAAGAAUUCCACUUCAACAGAGUUUUGGAAGAUCUAGAGCUUUCUCGGGAUGAAUUUAUAGAUUUGUGCAUUUUAUUGGGUUGUGAUUAUUGUGACAGCAUUCGUGGCAUUGGUCCCAAACGAGCCAUGGACCUCAUAAAACAACACCGGAGUAUUGAGAAAAUCCUUGAAAAUUUGGACAAAGCCAAGUAUUCUGUCCCAGAGGAUUGGCCUUACAAGGAAGCAAGGAGACUUUUCAUUGAGCCAGAAGUUGCUGACCCAGAAACUGUGGAGCUUAAAUGGACUGACCCUGAUGAAGAGGGUUUGGUGAAGUAUUUGUGUGGUGAUAAGAAUUUUAAUGAGGAGAGAGUAAGAAAUGGAUCAAAGAAAUUAGCGAAGGCUCGUUCUGGAACCACGCAAGGCCGUCUUGAUAGCUUCUUCAAAGUAUUACAGAGCCCUAAUGCUGGUCAAAAACGAAAGUCUGAAGAUAACAAAGCAGCAGCCAAUAAGAGGGGCAAGAAGGGAGGCAGUUUUAGAGGACGGCCAAAGUGAUCACUGCAUGUACGAUUCCACUUCACAGAGGAAGUCAACACAUCACACGAACUUGGUACAAACAUUUUUAUUUCCUAAUUGUUAAUUCAUAUAAUGAAUAAAUCAUAAAUUUAAAAAAUAAAAUAC